AUGAAGGCUUCAGCAAAAGGGAGUUACGACACUAGCAUCGUUGGUACGGUCGCCUUUAACGCCGGUGAUGUUAAUCUUAGAGCUUCUUUGGAUAAUUUUACUGUUGCUAAUGGACACUUAGAUGGUUCAACUCUUCUUACUGUUGAAAAGCCUGGAUGCUUCUCCAUCGAUUACGAUGUUCCUAAAAUGGAUGCGACGUUUAGAUUCAUGAAUACAGUUAGGGUUAUGGAAAAACCAUUGAGUUUGACAUAUGUACAUGAGCACGGAGAAAACAUGACAUCGUUAGAUGGGACAAUCGCACUUAAUCAAGAAAAUAAGGUUUCAGCUAAUUAUAUGUUUGGUACUGGGAAUUGUAAAUUGAAGUACAGUUAUGUUCAUGCUGGAGCAAUGAUUUUUGAACCGUGUUAUGAUAUAUCAAGAAAUACUUGGGAUUUAGCUAUGUCUCAAAAGGUUUAUGAGGAUAAUGUUUUGAAGGCUACUUAUCAGACUUCAAGUAAGGAUUUAGGAUUGGAGUGGUCGAGGGAUUCAGAGAUUAAUGGUUUCAAGAUUUCGUCAUUAGUUAAUUUGGCGGAUGAAACAAAAAUGCCUAAAUUGAGAGUUGAGACAAUUUGGAAUCUUUAG